AUGCAUGUGCACCAGAUGGAAGUCAAGACCGCGUUUCUCAACAGCGACUUGGGCGUAGAUAUCUACAUGCAGCAGCCCCACCAAUAUGUCGAUGCAAGAUGUUUGGCCGACUUUUUCUGCAAGCUGAAGAAGUCGCUAUAUGGAUUGAAGCAGUCAUCGCGCAUAUGGAACAAGAAAAUCGAUGGCUUCAUGAUCAGUCUAAGUUUCGACAAAUUCGAAUCCUACCACUAUGCAUACGUCAUGUGCAAAGUCAAUGAAGGCAUCGAAGGCAACUUGUUGUUUGCCGUGCCCUACGUCGACGACCAUAUCAUUGCGUGCAACUAG